AUGGUCCGACAAGAUCCCCACCAAGGAGGCAGCCUCUCCGAAAUGGCCGCCAAAGGCACAAAUAUGCCCAACGACGCCGGCAAAAUGAACACCAUCCCCUCAGUCCCGCGCCCCGACCAACGCGCCGAGCACUUCGGCUUCGACAACGACGGCCUCGCCGAGCCAUCAACCGCCUUCGCUGCGGACAAUGCCACCGACCUGCCUCGCUCGACCCGUGACGUCGGUCAGACCGGCGAGGUCAUCACGGGAACCGGUAACACCAUGAAUGCGUCCGCCGAGUCCAAGCGUGCGUACAUGGGAUCAAAUAUUCCCGGUGGCGACGGUGAUCCGAGGGAUAUCAAGCAUCACAGCCAUAACCGGAGUGCUUUUGAUCGCUAUGCGAAGGAGGAUGAGGAUGCGGGGGAGAAGAUUGGAGAGCAUCAGUCCCGCAAUGCGUAA